AUCUCGGGACGCAGUGAAAGCACGAGACGCAUACAGUAGUGACAGGGACGCUAACAGUCGAGACCCGGAGCCCGCGCGACUGUCGCACGCGUCCAGGAAUGCUGCUCGGUACCUAUGCAGGGUAGUUUCCAGCAGAGAAAUUCCUUGGCCGUCUCCAUGACUACGCCUCCCAUUGCUGGAGCCUGCAUGACAUCGGCUCCUUUCCCUGGCCAGCAGGCACAAGCGGCGCGGGAGGUCAAUACGGCAUCGCUGUGCCGGAUUGGCCAGGAGACCGUGCAAGACAUUGUCUUCAGGACAAUGGAGAUCUUUCAGCUGCUCAGGAAUAUGCAGCUGCCAAACGGGGUGACGUACCACCCCAACACGCACCAGGACAGACUGGGCAAGCUGCAGGAACACCUCAGGCAGCUGUCUGUGCUUUUCCGAAAGUUGCGCCUGGUCUACGACAAGUGCAAUGAGAAUUGCGCUGGCCUGGACCCUGUGCCUACCGAGCAACUCAUCCCGUACGCAGAGCAGGAGGUCUCCAAACAUGAUGAUCAUUUGGCCAAUCAGAUGCGCUAUGCCGGUGAGGAAAGGAGGGAGGUGCUGGAGGUCAACAAGAAGCUAAAACAGAAGAACCAACAGCUGAAGCAAAUAAUGGACCAGCUUCGGAAUCUCAUCUGGGAGAUAAACUCCAUGCUUGCCAUGAGGAACUGAGCCAUUCCCUACAAUGCCUACACACUCGAGCACACUCACACGGCUGGCAGCAAGGAGACCACAGCUGUCAUUCAGGAUUUCAGUAGCCCUGUGACCCAUAAGCAGCACUUUAGGGGAAGAGUUUUGCAGUGUAUGACAUUUAUGUAAGAAUGGAGAAGGGUAGCCUGUCAAAAGAAUUAAGGGGGACAGUUAUGUUUUAACAAUAGCAAACUAUCUUUUAGUUAAGAUUUUGUGUCAAAAUAUUAAGUGUCGUGCAUAACCUCAAAUACACAGUUUACAGCAUCACAUCAAAUCUAGUGUAGAAUGUCCUUUACCUUCUUUCAUUUUUCCAUGGCAUUAGUCUGUGAAAAUGUCUGCAUAACAGUAAUCCGGGAUGGAAAUCCCACUAAGUGUCCAUUUGUCAUCGGAUCAAAUUUCCCCAGGGCAGUCAACAUGAUGUAUGUUGGCAGAAAUAUUCUACCACCUUAUUCAUAUCAGUAAGUGAUAAGAUAACCAUCCCCCAGGUUAAAAAAAAAAAAAAAAAAAAAAAAAAAACCCCACUAACAGAAUUCCCUGUAGAUGGUUUCAUCAUUGUAACAUAAAUGCAAAAGAACCUAAUUUUGGACUUGACAACUUUUUAGAAGGGGCCUGCAAUCCUAGACAACAUAUUUUACAAUACGCAUCAAGUCUAUUCAAUUAUAUAUAAAGCAUGCAAGGAAAUAUAUGCAACAAAAUACAAUGCAGUGACUUUGAAUUUAAUGUAUUCAGUGCAGUGAAUUUGCAACCUUAAAUCUUAAGUGCUCUUUGCUACUAGAGUAGUUUUAUUAUUUAUAUAUUGGAUAAUAUAUUGUAAAGCUGGCUAAAUGGAAGAGGCUUAUGUAUUGAAAGCUAAAUUAUUUUGUUUCAGAAGAGUUUAAAAUGCAAAGGUAUUCAUUUGUUCAUACAUUUCAGAGGUUACACUUUGUAAAAGCAGACAGUUUUUAUUGAAGGGGCAUUCAGAUUAAGUGUGUGAUGUAUAGCAUCAACAUGUUGCAAAUGCCAUCAUGUAAGCCAUUUAAGCAUUAAUAUGAAUUUUUACAUUUAAUGCAGUAUUUUCACUUCCCUGGUUAACUCAUGAAGAUGGGUGAAUUAAAGCACAGCACUGUGCACUUUUUAGAGUUCCCUGAGACAAAGCUUUUUCCAACAACGGCAAUUUCUACCACUGGGUACUGCUGUACAUCCAACAUGGAUAUUAUUAAUAAUUAUUACAUAACUUCCAUGAUCAAGUGAAUUAUAUUUUUACAAAGAGUAUGCCCUUUGCCAUAAAAGGGCAAAGAAGAGUGAGGUUUCAAUGUACAUGAAGGAAUGGAAAAUCAAUUAUGAAAUGCUAGAAAAAGCUUUUUCUACUUGGGAAGUUCUCAUUUGAAGUGACCGUUUUCUUGUUACACCACUUCCUCAUUGAUGUACACAGAUCAUGUAUAGAGCUUCCUGAAACCUGAAGAAAGGAGGCCCUUCAUUGCUUGAGAAAAGUCUUCUUUCAAAAGCAUACUGUACGUAUUGGGGAUAGUACAUCAAAAUCAGACCUUGUAAACACUUGUAGCCUCCUGUCAUUGAUGAAAUCCCAGCGUAUUUAGGACCUUGUAUAAAAGUGUUAAACGGAUUUAGUUGUAUAUACUGACAUCUACCAUAGAUCUAAGAGACCUACGUAACUUCGAAAGAGGUUUAGCUGCUGGAUGGGGAAAAGAGGCUUGGGUCUCAGCAGAAGACCUAAAAAAUUUCAAUCUAAUGUAAUUUACAAUUAAUGUCCAUUGGCCUACUUAAAUUAGAAAUAAUUUUAAGGUGAGUACAAGAAUCCUGAACUAAUAAAACAUUAAUUUCAUAUAUAAAUGCAUAAAUCAUUUAAACAAAGAACUAAAAUAUUCCAUUCAAAGUUUUGUUUCUCAGAUCAAAAAUAAAGGUAAUACAGAGGUAAUUGAGGUCUCUUGAACGG